GAUCUAACUCCGGCUUGUAGAACCUUAUCCAAGAAGGGGGAGGGGAGUUCAUCAUUGCAACAAGUUCUUGAGCCUUGUGCUUUGAUCAUCUCUUCCACAGCCGCGCAUACAUCUUUACUCACGCUUAAAUGACACCAGUUCCAUCCUAGUCAACUGUAUAUAAGUCGCUCCCCGUCUUCCUUUCUCCUCAUCAUGGCGACAAAAGCUGCUGCUACACAUUUCCUUCAGUUCCGGAUCCAGUACUCCAGCAUUGCGCUCAUCUACUAUGACUACGCUUUGACUUUCCCCACAGAGGUCAAGUACGUGUGGGGCUCAAAGUUCAGGUUGUCAACUGUUCUAUAUAUCUUUUGUCGUUACGCUCUUGUUGCGAACGUCCUCUAUCUCCUAGCUAUAGCCAAGAAAUUAGGCGCCAGGGUAUUUUGCGAUACAUGGUAUAAAAUCAUCGGGGCACUUAGCGUUUUGGGGCGAGCCGCUAUCAUUGUGGCUUUCACUGGCCGCACAUAUGCCAUCUUUGCUAGGAGCAGAAUUAUUCUGUUUUACCUUGUCGCCAUUGGCUUGACAUGUGUCAUACUCGACAUCAUGCAUGUUCCAGGACUCAAGUGCGUCGGAUCAUCUAGCAAUCCUCUUGGUAAUGACAUCUUCUUGCUCUCAAUGAAAGCCACUGAAGUCUCCGCCGCAGCAAAUUUACUCCUCUCGAUACUGAUGGUCGUUUUUGAGUAUUCAUCUGCGAUAUUGAUGACGAUCCGAAGCAUUCAAGCGUUUAAAGUUGGGGGUCCCUGGAAGGCUCAACGACGGGGUUUCGCAUAUCUUGUUUUCGAGCAAGGCAUCCUCUAUUUUGGUUUCGUCUCGUUGUUCACGACUGCGGCUGUCAUUUUGAACUCGGUCGCACCGGCGGGAUUUUUCCAGCGACUACUUAAUGCAUUGACACUUCCACUUUCGGGUCUACUAACCGCCCGCUUCCUCCUCCGCCUCCGCGUGUGGGAACACAAACAGUCCGUCGCAUUGAUCGGUGGAAAUAACUCGCGGCAUACACAGACCAUGGAAUUCCGUGCUCCGUCACUGGUUGAUGAGUUUGGUGAAGAUCCGGUGUCAGUGGCAGCACGCCAGGAUGAGUACAUGUUAGAGGAGAGUAGGAAGGUAUCCCAGGAGAAUAUGCCAUCUACCUCGAGCAUGGUUCCUGGGUAUCAUAAGACGUCGAAGAUGACUACUGCUCAUACUGAGAGCAGUGGAUAGUUCUCAGCUAGUAGGAAAAUCGCUAUGCUAAAAUUUAUCUUUCAUUGUAAUUGGAUAUUACAAUAGAUACGACACUCGCUAUGCUAAUGUCUAGGUAUAGACUCGAACCAUCCGGAUCGACUGUUAUCGAGUUUCAAAGGCACUGCCCCAGACUGAUUCGAGCCUAGUCUAG